AUCUUGAUCUGCUGCGGCUGGUGCGUGUGUCGGUCCUCUCUCUCUCUCUCUCUCUCUACCCCCCUCUCUCUCUCUCCCCAAGCUCGCAUGUACACAGUCCUUCGCAUUCCCUCACUGCAUGUCGGUUUCUUUUAGAUUCUCAUACUUUCCGAUUCAACAACCAAUAGAUUCUCCUUCCCUUUCUCUCUCUCACUCUCACUCUCUCAUUUAUAUUGAGGAAGAAGCGUCAUUUCUUUUGGUGCUUUCUCGCUCUGAUUUGAUGUAGUGGUGUCUCUGAUCUCUUGUUUUGAUCCGAAUAGUUCUUCGUUUCCUCCGAGUAUCGUAGGGGGUUUAAGGAGUCGUCCACUUUCAGAUUCUUAUUCUGCUAUCGUAACUGGGUUUGAUUCGGAUCUUUGUAAUAGAUUGCGAAAAGAUGGAAGAUCUGAGCGAUAAAGGAUCGGAGUCCGAGGUCGUGAAUACCAAAAGCCCAAAUGGCUGGGUUUCAUCCGAAGAAAGCCACAUAAAAACCUGCGCCGACUGCGGGACCUCCAAGACUCCUCUAUGGCGAGGCGGCCCAGCAGGUCCCAAGUCACUGUGUAAUGCGUGUGGGAUCAGAAGCAGGAAGAAGAGAAGGGCUGCUCUGGGUUUGAACAAAGAGGACAAAAAGCCCAAGAAAAUAAGUUUUUGUCGAAGUAAUAAGAUAGGGGAUAAUAUGAAGCAGAGGCUGAUGAUGGCUUUGGGAAGAGAGGUGUUGAUGCAGAGGAAGAAGUUGGGGGAGGAGGAACAAGCGGCUGUGCUGUUGAUGGCUCUAUCUUCUGACUCUGUUUAUGCUUAGGUCUUCAAAAAAAAAAGAGAAAAAUGAAUGGUAGAAAUUUUAGGAGCUGGAUGUGGGAUCCUAACCUUAUUGCAAGUGUAUCUUCUUCUAUUAAUCACAGUCAUUUUAGGUGGAAUUUUUCAUUGUUCUGUAGCUACUUUUAGUAUUGUCACUAACUGUUCUUUUGGGACAAAAUGGUUCGAGUGUUUCAACUUCCAACAAGUGUAGCUCUGUAAGAAUUGGAAAUUGAUCCUAUUUUUGCUUA